GCAGGGACGGGGGGAGCCCUCUCUGGGUCUGCGGCGGUGGAAGGCAAUCGAUCUUGUUUAGGAGCUGGUGCGCAGCUAACACUUCCUGCAGUAAUUUGUGACCAUGGCUAUUGAUUGUCCUCGUCCCGUUCGCUCGCCGCCCCGACGCCGCGCAGUCUGGGGAGGAGGAGCCCGGCCGGGCGGGGAGGGGGAGGAAAUCCCCCUCCGCAGCCGCCUUCUUUGGGGGUCCCUGCGCCGGGCCGCCGUUUCCCUUUUUCUUUUUUUUUUUUUUUUUUUUUGGUUAAUUUUUAUGAAUGGACUGGAUGCCCGGUGACACAUUAACCGUUUUUUCUCAUUCUUGGAAAAAGCCAGCCGGCGUGCGAUAGGUUCAAACCGAGUUUCAGCAACAGCUCUCCCCGCUCAGCGCGGGCCGGGGAGGGCAGAGGUGCCCCCCGUCCCCCCCCCGUCCCCCGUCCCCGCGGCACCGGCGGCCGCCUCUGCCCGCCGCCCCCUCCCCCCCGCGGGCCGGGCCGGCAGGUCCCGCUCUCCCCUGAGGCAGGGGGAGGGGGGGGCGAGGGCAGCGCUCCCCCGAGGCUGCCCGGGGUGGGCGAGGCGGCGGGUCUCGGUGGCCGGGAGGCUCCUGCCCGGGCGGGUGGCGGGGGGGGAACAGACACAAGGGCCAGGAGGCCAGCCGGAGGAGCUUCGGGGACGGGGGCUCUCUCACGGCGCCCGGGGAGGGGGGAUCCCCGGCGGGCUGAGGCAAGGUCUAGGACCUCUAGCCCCGGGCUGGAAGGAGCCGGCUCCGCUCGCCUCGGUACCAAAGUUGGGGCUCUGGUAUAUAUCCUGUGAACGUUUCACUCCCUGGCGUAUCAGGAAGUCAUACAGCCUCCUCACAUGGAAAGUUCACCCAAAGAACUGAGGAGAAAGCACCAGGACGUCCGGUGUGGUGGUGGCAGCGAGCAGCAAAAGCAGCAAGAGCUCGUUUUGAUUCCCCCCCUUCCAAGGUGCUUUGGAGAGACUGGUUUAAGGCUGAGCAGCAGAAGUCACGAUGAGUGCACAAGGUGAGGGACCCGGUCAGCCUUCCACUGCUGCCCAGGAGCAACCUGCAACCGCAGAGCCUCAGAAGAGAGGACGAGGCAGACCCAGGAAGCAACCACAAGAACCAACUGGUGAACCAUCUCCUAAAAGACCAAGAGGAAGACCCAAAGGAAGCAAAAACAAGAGUCCCUCUAAAGCAGCUCAGAAGAAAGCAGAAGCCACUGGUGAAAAGCGACCCAGAGGCCGGCCCAGAAAAUGGCCUCAACAAGUGGUUCAAAAGAAGCCUGCUCAGGAAGAGACUGAAGAAACGUCCUCACAAGAGUCUGCAGAGGAAGACUAGGAGACCACACCAUGCAAUUUCUACCUCAUCAGCAGUUGGGUCUUUUGAAGGGAGAAGACACUGCCUUGACCACUUAUUUUCUAUUGCCAUGGUCUUUCCACUUUUGCCUGGGGGGAAAAAAAAAAUCACAUAACCUUAAAAAGGAUUUGACUAAUCAUCAUCUUUGUAAUCCCUUCACAGUCCCAGGUUUAGUGAAAAACUGCUGUAACACAAGGGGACACAGAUUAAGGAUGCAACUUUUAAUUACUGUUUUCUUUUUUCUUAACCUACUAAUAGUUUGUUUGAGCUGCUAAGUAAGGGUGAAUGGGUCAAGAAGAACUCCGAAUCAGGUUUAUGUCAUUCACUGCACUGCAUAUAAACAAGAAACUUGUAACAUAAUCAUUAUAAAGGGCAUUGAAAUAGGAAAGGCUGGGUGUGUAACACUAAAGCCUUGCAACAUUUCCAGCAACCCACUCCCUACUUAGUGAACUCCCUGUUUUAGAACACCAAAGAUAGGGGAUAGAUACUACUCUUUUUUUUUUUUUUUUUUGUAACCUACAUGUAGACUUGUACUUGAUUUUUUUUUUUUUAAGACUUACUGUUAUUUCAGGAAAAAAAUUGAAAGCUGAUCUUUCACUUCAUUCAGCUGGUAAUCGGAAGAAAGAAAUCAACAUGAAAAAGGUACUUUCAUUUUGCAAAAGGGAAGAAAGACAAAGAUACGUUGCAUAGUUAUAGAUACAAACAUAUCGGCAGAAGUAGUAGUAAACAAAAUGAACAGCCCUCAUCUUCUGGAUGGUGGGAAGCCAGACGGAGUCGGCUUUCUGUAAAGCCAGGCGUUUACUCUGGGAACACAAAUGACUGACACCAAACACUCUUACGCCAUUAAUGAUUAAGUCUUUAUUGAGAAAAGUGUUUUAAAACAUACAGAAAGGUACCUCAAAAUUAAUCAUGAAUUUAUCGGAACAAAACCAAUCCAGAUGUUUUGCUUAGUUUCAACUAAUUCCACUCGCCCCAUACCAGUAUUUCAAAAUAAUUGAAUCUCUCCUCAUUACUCAUCAGUCUUGAUGUAAGAACGAACACCAACGUACCUCAGCUAAGCUCGUGCAUUACUUUAAGUGAUAUAUUUUGACAUAGGAUGGUUCACUGAGCAUCUCUGUGCCAGUGGCAUUUCUCCAUCUUUUCAUUCAAAGCAGCACUUUUAGCACCAGAUGCAAUAUUACCCCACUACUCAAUACUACCUCUGAUUUUUACAAAUAACUCAACAGACUGAUAAAUACAUGCUGCUAUACACAUUCAAUGCAGGAAAUUUUUACUGGGUAGAUAUGAGUAUCUGCAUUUUCCCCUUAUUUCUACUUCAACACUUAAUUGCAGUUAAGGAAGCAAUAUCUUUAUUGUGUUUCAGCAUGACUAUGUAUUUUUCUUUCUCUUGGUUUGUUUUGUGUUUUUUUUUAAAUGUACUUACCCUAUUCUCUGCUAGACUUCUGUGUAAUGUACUGUUAACUUGAAUAUAUUUUUGUACUGAAUUGCUGAUAGGUUUGUGAGGAUAAUUUUCUUCAAUGACACUACAUGACAUAGAAAAAAAUUUAGCUGUAAUGUUUAAAUAUUACUGUCCAAGUUUGUACCUCAAAUGAAUUGUUUAAAGAAAUGGACUAAUUGAUUGACAAAGACCUACCUCCAGACUUUAAAUGGAAUGAACUUCUUACUUUCAGCAUUAGUUUUGAGACGUUUGAAACAGUUAGGACUGCAACUAAUCCCUAAUUCAAAAGUAUUUUUGUAAAAUAACUUGUGGAAAAUGAACACAUUUUAAAUUACUUUCGUAUUAAAAAAAAAAUGAACAAAAAAAAACCUUCAAAGAAACUUGAAGCUUUGUAGGUGGGAAGCAACAAGCUCAGCUUUUGCAUAAUGCAAUCACAAAUAUGUGUUUUAAAAAAAUAAUUAGUAGAUUGUAAGAAAAUACUUGACAAGUAUUUUCAUGUAUUUUACACAAAUGUGAUUUUGUAAUAUGUUUCAGCCAGAUUUAUUUUAAAUGCUUCUUAUGUAGAGGUUUUUUAUUCUCCUCUUUCACUUUUGUUGUUCUUUCUCUCUCUCUCUCCUCCUGUUUCGUUUUCUCUAUUUCUGUUUUAUUUCCCUUCUUCCUCUCUUUCUUAGUCAGUACUUUGUACCAUUGUAUUAAUAACUGGGCCAGGGGUAGUUUCUCAGGAAGGCGUCUGUUGGUAUGGCUUUAGUACCGAGCCAAAUGCAGUUAAAGAUAACUACUUACUGGCUUCUUCCAAGAGGCAGUGUCAAGAAAUGCGGACCUCCUCGAACGCCCGCAGAGGGUUCAGUGACGGAAAUCGCUGAGAAAGAGCUGAUCAGAGUAUUACAACUAGACAUGUUAAUAUUGAGUGAAAGAGAAAUAAUCCUAGCUAUACAGUAGCUCUAACAGGCCAAAUCCAGCGUCACUUGAAGGCAGCAGAAGGAAUUCUGCUGACUUCAAAGGGCAUUGAAUCAAGCCUUAGCAAGUCCCUUUUGGGGUUUGGGGUUGGUUUUUUUUCUUUUUUUAAAACCAUAGUAUUCAGUGGCUGACACAGAAAUAAUCGCUGGGUGUGUGUCACGCUUCAACCUCCGAGAGACUUACCACUCUGAUGAACUGAAUCUUAUAUUUUCUAUAUAUUGUAGUACAAUCAAAACACAUUACUACCUCUUAGGGCCUACUAUACCUCAUUUUUUCAGACUGAAAAAUUGCAUGUGGCCAUUGAGUCAGUGAGAACAUCAUAAAAUUUUUUAUAUAUAUAGUUUAUUUUUGUGGGAGAUAAAUUUUAUACGACUGUUCUUUGCUGUCAUUGGUCACUGCUAACUAAGACUGGACAUUUAACUUCUACCAUUUCUGCAAGAGAGGUGUGUUUGCAGGAAAAAAAAAAACCGCUUCAAGAUGUUUAACUACAGUUUACUUUUUCUUUUGAGUGUCUUCUAACUUUUUGCUUUGUUCUUUGUGUAGAGUUGCUGUCUAUGAUUGUACUUUGAAUCGCUUGCUUGUUGAAAAUGUUCCUUUAAUGGAUUAUCACAGUCUGUUCAGCACAAUAAACAUAAUAGCCUCUGUGAUCCCCA